AUGAUGCUUUCUGAUGACGCAGUUUACCUUUAUAGAAUAUGGCACGAAGCCGAAGCCGAAGCCGGAGUGAAAGUCGCAGUCGCAGCAGGAGCAAAGGGCGCAGAGACAGGAGGCGAGGUCGUCCUGCAGAUGACUACGGGGCCGGCAAGGACUUUGACAAGGAGCAUGAGAGAAGCUCCCGUGAUUACCGAGGUGACUAUCGCCGUGACCGAGAAGAGAGGGAACGUGGACGAAACAGAAGCAAGAGUAGGAGCAAGAGCAGGAGCCGAUCCAAAGACAGGAAACGGAAUCGAGAUCAGAGCAGGAGCAGGCGGAAGGCGCAGGAGAGACAACAGACCUGAGCUGGAUGAGUUCGGCCGUGUCAUUGACUACUCGAGGGAGAGGAGUGUUUCUCCUGACAGGGACCGUCGCAAAUUCGACCCCAGGAGCAUUCGAAGAUCCGAAUCUCCGGAUCGGGACAUUGAGCCAGAACCUGCCAAGGAAGUCGAUGCCCCCAACCCCUUUCAGGUGGAAUCUAUCUUCACUGAGUUCGAUGCAUUGACUGCAGUGAAGGUCAACGAAGAUGAUGAUCCGGAGACAGCAGCUGCGAAGAUGGAGAUGGAGAUGAUGGCGAAGAUGGGCAUCCCGGGUUGUGUCCGAGUGAAACCACAGCGACAGCCUCGUCAGUACAUGAAUAGGAGGUGCGGAUUCAACAAACCCCUACCAGCAGAGCACACGAGGGCAGUGAAGGGCGUUGGCUCUUCGCAGUAUGAAGGAAGCAAUGUCACCUGGUAG